AUUCGCGGCUAUUUUAGCAAUUAGCCCCGGCUCUUCCGCUACUCGAACCCCUCAAAACUACAUCUCCCAGCAUGCUCUAAAGCUGGUCUGACCUCAUUUCAAAUGGCCCCGUAGGGCAACAAGGAUGGUUAGUUUUGACCGUGCUUAUUUGUCCCAUAAAUUAUCGAUCCUAAUUGGCAGUUAUUUGGGCUUUUAUAUUUGCCCACCUCUCGUUUUUGUACCGUGGUCACUAAAUGAAGGGCUUCUGGCCUGGGAGGGCCCAUGUAUUCUUUCAAUUGGUUGGGGAGCUGGGACAGUGUCUCUGGCAAUAACGAGAAUAGGAGGGAAUGUUGACCAGGGAGCACCGCUGCGGCCGUUCAGAGGAGCAGGAACAGGAGCCCGGGCUGAGUCUGAAAAAAGCCGGAUCCAGAAGGUGGCUCCGGAACGGCUGGAAUUGGAAGAUGGAGGAGCCGGAGGAACCGGCGGACAGUGGGCAGUCGCUGCCUCCAGUGUACAUCUACAGUCCCGAGUAUGUCAGCAUGUGCGACUCCCUGGCCAAAGUCCCCAAACGGGCCAGUAUGGUACAUUCUUUGAUUGAAGCAUAUGCACUGCAUAAGCAAAUGAGGAUAGUUAAGCCCAAAGUAGCCUCCAUGGAGGAGAUGGCCACCUUCCACACUGAUGCCUAUCUGCAGCAUCUCCAGAAGGUCAGCCAAGAAGGAGAUGACGAUCAUCCAGACUCCGUAGAAUACGGGCUAGGUUAUGACUGUCCAGCCACUGAAGGGAUAUUUGACUACGCAGCAGCUGUAGGAGGGGCUACAAUCACAGCUGCCCAAUGCCUGAUUGAUGGAAUGUGCAAAGUAGCAAUUAACUGGUCCGGAGGGUGGCAUCAUGCAAAGAACCACACUGGCCUUUCAGCUUCUCAAAUAGGCCAAGGAAGUUCUUUCCUGCCUCAGAGCUUUUGCAAUGCUGCUCUCUCUGCCUGGAAGACUUCUCCAUCUCAGUAUGGAGAUGAAGCAUCUGGUUUUUGUUAUCUCAAUGAUGCUGUCCUGGGAAUAUUACGAUUGCGACGGAAAUUUGACCGUAUUCUCUAUGUGGAUUUGGAUCUGCACCAUGGAGAUGGUGUAGAAGAUGCCUUCAGUUUCACCUCUAAAGUCAUGACAGUGUCCCUACACAAAUUCUCCCCAGGAUUUUUCCCAGGAACAGGUGACGUGUCUGAUGUUGGCUUAGGAAAGGGACGGUACUACAGUGUAAAUGUGCCCAUUCAGGAUGGCAUACAGGAUGAGAAGUAUUACCACAUCUGUGAAAGUGUACUAAAGGAGGUAUACAUAGCCUUUAAUCCUAAAGCAGUGGUCUUACAGCUGGGAGCUGAUACAAUUGCUGGGGAUCCCAUGUGCUCCUUUAACAUGACUCCAGUGGGAAUUGGCAAAUGUCUUAAGUACAUCCUUCAGUGGCAAUUGGCAACACUCGUUUUGGGAGGAGGAGGCUAUAACCUUGCCAACACGGCUCGAUGCUGGACAUACUUGACCGGGGUCAUCCUAGGGAAAACACUAUCCUCUGAGAUCCCAGAUCAUGAGGGAGUACAGGAACUGGUCAUGGUGCCAGCACUCCAGAGCAAAGAGCUGAAAAACAAAUGAAGGGAUGGAAGAGAAGAUCAAGAGCCUGACCAGGCAAGAAGUCUCAAAGUAGGGGAACCUGUUGUAUGGGCCCCAUCAGGGGGUGCAGGGAGGCUAGAUAGCUACUCAUACCAGCCACAGGACACAGUGCUCAGACUAGAAUGCCCCAGAUAUGAGCAGCUUUGGACCAUACACCCAGUGCCCCGACCUGAGCUGUGCCACCUUUUGACUGGACUGUGUUGCUCCACUUAUUACUCUGCCACCAGGCUGACAGCCUCCCUCAUUUCUCCAUGGGCUUUAGUGGCACUCCUUUGCAGUCAGCACAUAUGCAGCCACCACUGGACAUGCUGCUCCCAGUGCGGCCCUAAAUUAUCAUUUAAAGAAAUUAAAAGAUAAGUAAGAAAAAUUUAUUUAUUUAUUCAUUCAUUCAUUCAUUCAUUUAGAGAGAGAGAGAGGAGAGGAGAAGAGAGGCACAGAGAAGAGAGAAAUAGAAUCCAAAGUAGGCUCUGUGCGGACAGCACAGAUCGAUGCAGGGCUCAAUCCCACAAACCAUGAGAUCAUGACCUGAGCCAAAAUCAAGAGUUGGACUCUUAACCACCAAGGCACCUCGAAAAUUUUUUUACAUUUACCCAUAUGUUUAUCCUUUUCAGCAUUUUUCAAUCCUUUGUGUAGAUCCAGGUUUCCAUCUGGUAAAAGUUACAUUUUCCCUAAGAACUUCAGCUAAUUUUGUAUUAAAAUGUAGGUCUGUUUGCAACAGAUUUUCUCAGAUUUGUUUGAAAAGUCUAGUUUGUCUUAAUUUUUAAAGACAUUUUUAAAGAUAUUUCUCUAUUUUAAGAUAUAAAGUUCUAGGUUGAUAAUUGUUUCUUUCAGAACUUGGCAUAUUUCCUCAUGAGAACUCUGUAAUCAUUCUUCUCUUUGUUCCUUUGUAUAAUACCUGCAUUUUUUCCCUCUGGCUGCUUUUACCAUUUCUCUCUGUGACUAGUUUUCAGCAUCUUGGUUAUAGUUUGCCCUGGUGUGGUUUCUGUGCGUGUGUGUGUUUAUCCUCUUUGGAACCCAAAGCUUCUGGGAUCUGAGGGUUUGUAGCUUUUAUCAAAUUUAGAAAUAUUUCAGCCAUUAUUUCUUUUCUGUCCUUUCUUUUUCUCCUCUACUACUGAGACUCCAGUUAGACCUAUGUUAGACCUGUUGUAUUGUCCCACAGGUCACUAAGACCCCCCCUUUUUUUAUUUAUUUCUGUGAGAGAGAGAGAGUGAGAGAACAUGAGUGGAGGAGGGGCACAGAGAGGGGGAGACAGAGAAUCCUAAGCCGACUCUGCACUGUCAGCACCAGCCCUGAUGCAGGUCUCAAACUCAUGAAUCAUGAGAUCAUGUCCUGAACCAAAGUCGGACACUUACCCAACUGACCCACCGAGGCACCCCAAGAGACCCCUUUUUUGUCUUUUAUUUCUGUGAUUCAUAUUGAAGAGUUUCUCUUGCUUUGCCUUCAAGUUUAUUGAUCUUUUCUUCUGCAGUAUAUAAUUGCUAUUAAUCCCAUCCAGUGAAUUUUCUUUUCAAAUAUUGUAUUUUUCAUUUCUAGAACUUCUAUUACAAAUAAAAAUCCUUCCAAAUAAUAAAAUCUUUAAAAAAUAUAUGACCAGGAAAAAAAUUGUCCAUUUCUCUCUUCACUGUGUUCAUAUUUUCUUUACAUCCUUGAACAUAUGGAGCAUAUUUAUAAAUAGCUGUUUUAAGGUCCUUGUCUACUAAUUCCCUUAUCUCUGUAAUUUCUGAGUCUCUUCCUGUUGACUAAUUUUUCUCCAGGAUAUAGAUUGUAUUUUCCUGCUUUCUUGUAUGUUUAAAAUUUUAAAUUGUAUAUCCAACAUUGUGAAUUUACAUUGUUGAGUGCUGGAUUUUUCUUUUGUAUUUAUUUAGAGGAUUGUACUUUUUUUGAUAGACAAGUUAUUGUGGAUCAAUUUGAUCCUUUUGAGGUUUGUUUUUAAAAGCUCACUUAGAGUAGACCUUAAGUAACCUUUACACUAGAGCUAAUUUAGCCCAUUUUGAAGGAACUGCUUCUCUCAAGUCCCUACUGAUGCCCCCCUUUAUUCAUUGAGGUCUCUCCACUUUGACCUUAUGUGAACUUUAGGGAGUGUUUCUCUUACAACUUCUUAGUAAUUACUUCCCUGGAAAUUUUUUCUAGAUUCUUUGUGAGGUUUUACUCUAUCCAUAUUCAGAUUUGUAUUCAUCAAAAGACUCAAGGGGACCUCUAUGCAUAUUUCUAGUACACUUUUUUUUAAUUUUUUAAUGUUCUUACUUCUGAGAGACAGAAAGAGAGAGAGAGAGAGAGAGAGAGAGAGCACGUGAGCAGGAGAGGGGCAGAGAGAGGGAGACAUAGAAUCUGAAGCAGGCUCCAGGCUCUAAGCUAUCAGCACAAAGACUGAUACAGGGCUGAAACUCAUGAGCUGUGAGAUUAUGACCUGAGCCGAAGGCAGAUGCUUAACUGACUGAGCCACCCAGGUGCCCCUCUAGUACACUUUUUAUGGCUUACUUCCACCACCACAAUUUCUAACCAUCUUUAGGAAUUCCAAUCUCUGUCUGAUCUCCUCAGAGAUUGUUAGACUCUGUUUGGAUCCCCCACCACUGCAUCACAGUCCAGGGAUUACCUCCUGGCAGAAAACUGGGGUAAUCAUAGGGAUCACCUUAUUUGUAUUUCUUUUCUCUCAGAUUACUAUAUUGUGCUGCAUAUUGUCCAAUGUCUUUAAAAAAAUUUCCUAUAUUUGGUAAAUAUUCUAGUUGUUUCUAAAGAGAAAAUAAUUUCAUAUCCUCUUUCCCCUCAUACCCAGAUGCAGAACCCUUUUACUUAUCUGCUUCCAAUUUUUUUCUGCCUUCAUUUUUGAAAAAUAUUUUUGCUGGAUAUAAAAUUCUAGAUGGACAUUUAUUUUUCUGGCUCCAUUUUUUUUAAUGGAAAGUCAGUCUUGUUUUUAUCAUUGUUUCCCUGGGUAUACUAUGUCUUUUUCUCUGGCUGCAUUUAUAUAUUUAUCUUUGCUUUUCAGACCAUUGACCAUGAUGUGCCCCAGUGUACUUUUUUGUGUUUAUCCUACUUGGGAUUUCCUGAGUUCCUUGGUCUGUGGGUUCCAGUUUGGGAUGUAAUUUGGAAAAUUCUUGGCUGGUAUUUCUUGACUCAGUUUUUGCCCUAUUUCCAUCUCUCCUAUCUUUCUGGAACUCCUGUUAACAUGUAUUAGAUUGAUUGAUACCAUGUGCACCUGGGUGGCUCAGUCAGUUGGGCAACCAACUCUUGGUUUUGGCUCAGGUCAUGGGUCUGAGCCCAACAUCAGGCUCUGCACUGUCAGUGCGGAGCCUACUUAGGAUUCUCUCUCUCUCUCUCUCUCUCUCUCUCUCUCUCUUUCUCUCUC